CACAAAAACACAAUGCAAGCCCAAAACCUCAUUCUCUCUCUCCUCGUUCUCUUCCUCUCCGCCGGAGUAUUCUUCCACCGGCGGCGGAACAACCGUAACCUGAAUCUACCGCCGUCGCCGGAGAGAUCUCUUCCGGUGAUCGGACACCUCCGCCUCCUGAAACCGCCGAUCCACCGCACAUUCCACCGCCUCUCCGAAUCCCUCGGCGGAGCUCCGAUAUUCUCCCUCCGACUUGGCAACCGCCUCGUCUUCGUCGUCUCAUCCGCUUCCAUCGUGGAGGAAUGCUUCACCAAGAACGACGUCGUUUUGGCGAAUCGGCCGGUAUUCAUACUGAGUACACACGUCGGCUACGAGAACACGACCAUGAUCGGAACUUCGUACGGAGACCACUGGCGGAAUCUCCGCCGUAUCGGUGCGUUACAGAUUUUCUCUUCUCACAGGCUCAGUGGCUUCUUGUCCGUUCGCAAGGAUGAGAUCCGACGGCUCAUAUUGCGUCUCUCCAAGAACUCUUUGCAUGGAUUUGCAAAGGUGGAGAUGAAAUCUAAGUUGGCCGACUUGACGAUCAACAACAUCAUGAGGAUGGUGGCCGGAAAACGUUACUACGGCGACGACAUCGAGGACAACGAGGAGGUCAAGCGCGUCAGACAGAUUAUCUCCGAGAUUCUUGCCGGAGCAAGCGCCGGAAACCGGGCCGACUAUUUCCCAGUCCUGCGAUGGGUCACCAAUUUCGAGAAUCAGGUCAAGAACUUAGCUGCCCGGUCCGACAAGUUCUGGCAGGAAUUGAUCGACGAGAAACGAGCGAAGAAGGAGAAGGGUAGUACCAUGAUCGAUCACUUACUUUCUCUGCAAGAAACCGAACCCGAAUACUACACUGAUCGCAUCAUCAAAGGAUUCAUCCUUGCUAUGGUGGUGGCUGGGACCGACACGUCAGCAGUGACGGUGGAAUGGGCUCUCUCGAACCUUGUGAACCAUCCGGUGAUAUUGAAGAAGGCGAGAGACGAAAUCGAUAACAAAAUCGGUCCGGACCGGCUCAUAGACGAACCGGACAUCUCUAACCUGCCUUAUCUCCAAAGCAUCGUGAAUGAAACGUUUCGUCUCCAUCCGGGGCUACCAAUGUUGAUUCCUCACCUGUCUUCGGAAGAUUGUAAUAUAGCGGGCUACGAUAUGCCACGUGGCACGAUGUUAUUGGUGAACAUGUGGGCGAUACAUAGAGAUCCUCGACUAUGGGAAGAUCCGGCGCGUUUUAAGCCGGAGAGGUUCAAGAAGGAAGGAGAGGCCGAGAAGCUGAUGCCGUUUGGGAUCGGACGAAGGGUUUGCCCUGGUUCAGGACUGGCUCAGCGGCUAGUGACCCUGGCUCUCGGGUCUUUGAUUCAGUGUUUCGAGUGGGAGAGGAUUGGGGAAGAACCAGUGGAUAUGGCCGAAGGCAAUGGAGUCGCAAUGCCCAAAUUGAUACCGUUGCAUGUCUUAUGCAAAUCUCGUGCCAUUGUUCGUAAGUUGCUCCAAGGUGCCAUCUGACAUGCAUGUCUAUUAGGGCUUAUACACGUCGUCUUUUAUAAAAUAAAAAUAUUUCUCGUGUUAUCGUGAAUAAUGUAAAAAUAAAAUAAAAUAAAAACACGUGCUAGCGACAUAACUUAUGCGUGGUGGUAGCUAACUUGGUUCUGUUUUUGGGCUCAUAAGUUGUCCUGAUCUUAUGGCCCAAAGUAUAAGUUGGAUCUCUGUGUAUGUCUUUCGUCAAAGCCCUCCUUUGACUUUUCAAAAUUAAAAGAUAAAACAUGUCUGUAU